AUGGUUGUGUUACAGAAUGAAGACUUCCAGCCCAAGAAGGGAAAGUCUACAUUCUAUAGUCUACAGUCUGCAGAGCCACCCCAGGGGGGUAAGGUCUUCACACAGGGCGCCGUGGGGAGCUGGAGACCCUCAGUGGAGACAGCCUACUCCAGCCAGGAGCCUGGGAGUGCCAGGGGAAGUGCCAAGGGGUUGACUGCCCAGCUGGAGCGCUACCUGGCUGGGGCAGCACACACGCAGAGCCGCCCAGUACAAGGGGCAGUGGUGGGAUCAGUGGUGGGACCCAAGGGGAAGCUCCACUAUCUCAGCUAUGUCAGCCCUGUACGCUCUGGGGAUCAGGUGGAACCCCAGACACGACUUGGUGGCAGUGGCUCCAAACCUCCAAGGCCCAACAUAGACAGGCUUCUCUUCAAGGCUGCUUCCAACCAUCGGGUGCCCAAGGAACAGCUCAGUACAGUGGAUGAACGGUUCAUCCAGAACGUGGUCAACCAGCUGGGGAGGCAGAGAGUGAACAUGGACGGUUCGAUGGGUAAAGACCUGAACCAGCUGGCAGACAUCAUCUCUGAGGUCCUGCAUGUGGUGGAUGGGGAGGGGCCCAGGGCCAGAGCUAAGCCCAGGGUCAUGGCACCCAUACGGGACAGGCAGAUGAAGAGAGAGCCCUUACCUUCCAAGGACCAGGAUGAGGAGGACCAAGACGACAUGUUGGGGCAAGAUGCAAAGCUUCAAGGGCAACCAAUGGAGGAUGCAGACUCUGAGCCAGACGACAAGGACCCAGGCUUCGUCAGUAAGCUGUUGGAGUACCUCAAUAUGGACCCCUUCAGUGAUGAGCCAGAUGCACAGAUGGAGGUUGAUGGUGCUGGGGCAGCAGGCGGCCCCUCUAUUGAGGGCCAGAGAACAGUAGGUCUGGAGAAUGUGAGAAGCAGGACCACACAGGGCCAGGUGCCUGUACAACACCCCUGGGUGGAGAGGUACAUGACCAUAGGAGGAGAGGAUAGAUCUCCAGACCAACCAAUGGAUGUCCAGGCUUCUGAAUCCAUGGUAGACUCCGAGGUGGAGAGGUGGAUCCACGGUACCAAAGCUCCUCCUCCUCUGGAGGCAGAGACAGACCUCCUGGCAGAUAAACCACAGAAGAAGAAUCUCCUUGCAGAGCCACAGAAACAGGACAUGCGACUCCAGGAGGAGGAGGAGGUGGUGCAUAUGGGGGUCAAAGCUUACUCGAAGUCACAUCGAGGGAAAAACCACCUCGGCGACUUUGGCUACAUCAUUACAGACACAGACUCCCUCACCUCUGACCAGGGCUUGGACCUGAUGGAACAUGUGGGUCGGAGGAUCAACCUCCAUGUGGCCAACAUUCUCCAACUCUCAGUGCUGGGUCCAGCUGUGACCUUCAGGGUGGGCUCCAACCCUCAUAAUGUCAGCACUGCAGAGCUGGCCCACGUUGCAGUUCAGCAGAAGAAGCAGCUGGAGAAGGAAACUGGUGUGAAGAUCCUGGAGGCUGGUGUCAGUGAUAAGGGCAGCUUGAAACAGAUCCCUGUGGUCAAGGAGAGUCAUCUGGAGUCUGGUCAGUUCAUGGUCUUGGCCAUCAUCUCCAUGGUCCUGAUCACGGGGGCGCUGGCAGUGUCUGGCUGGUUCUUCUGCCUGCGCCACCGCUCCCACCUCCAACUGAAGGAGAAACUAACCAGCCUGGGGACUGACACCAGCGCUGAUGCAACCGCAACCUAUCAGGAGCUGUGUCGCCAGCGGAUGGCUGUGCGGACAUCGGAGCGUCCGGAGCGUGCGGAGUGCCCGGAGCCUCUGCGGCGCCUCUCGCGGCUGAACAGCUCGUCUUCUCAGUUCAGCGAUGGGGGACCCAUAGCCAGCCCCUCGGCCCGUAGCUCCACUUCCUCCUGGUGCGAAGAGCCUGUCCCCUCCAACAUGGACAUCUCCACCGGACACAUGAUACUGUCGUACAUGGAGGACCACUUGAAGAACAAGAACCGCCUGGAGAGGGAGUGGGAGGCGAUGUGUGGUUACCUGGCUGAGCCCGGUGACUGUGACGUGGGCCAGGGCGAACACAACACCAAGAGGAACCGCUCUGACGCCGUGGUUGUCUAUGAUCAUUCCAGAAUCACCUUGAAGGCUGAGAAUAACCAUGGCAACUCGGAUUACAUCAAUGCUAGCCCAAUUAUGGACCAUGACCCGAGGAACCCCAUGUACAUCGCUUCACAAGGCCCUCUACCCUCCACCGUGGCUGACUUCUGGCAGAUGGUGUGGGAGAGUGGCUGUGUGGUCAUCGUCAUGCUAACGCCCCUGUCUGAAAAUGGAGUGAAACAGUGUCAACAGUACUGGCCAGACGAGGGCUCCAAUGUCUACCAUGUUUAUGAGGUGAACCUGGUGUCAGAACACAUCUGGUGUGAGGACUUCCUGGUCAGGAGUUUCUACCUGAAGAACUUGCAGACCAACGAGACACGCACUGUCACGCAGUUCCACUUCCUUUCCUGGGUGGACCACAGCAUCCCUGACUCAGCCAGGACCCUGCUGGACUUCCGUAGAAAGGUUAACAAGUGCUACCGGGGUCGGUCUUGUCCAAUAAUUGUCCACUGCAGUGACGGGGCUGGCAGAAGCGGAACGUACAUUCUGAUUGACAUGGUCCUCAAUAGGAUGGCUAAAGGUGCUAAAGAGAUUGAUAUUGCCGCUACCCUGGAGCACUUGAGAGACCAAAGAGCCGGCAUGGUCCAGACAAAGGAGCAGUUUGAGCUUGCACUGACAGCCGUAGCGGAGGAGGUGAAUGCCAUCCUAAAAGCUCUUCCACAGUGA